AUGGCAGAAUCCAACCCGUCGCGGUUCACGGUAAUCAUUGCCGGUGGCAGUCUUGUCGGCUUAACGACAGCGGUGACGCUGGAAAAGGCUGGGAUCGACUAUGUCCUGUUAGAGAAGCGAGAGAUCACUCCUCAUUUGGGCGCCUCUGUAUCCAUUCAUCCACACACUCAACGAGUUAUGGAGCAGCUCGGCAUUUGGCCCGAGAUCAAGGCUGGCGUUGUGCCGUUAGAAACUCGACAACACUAUGAUGAGAACGGUAGCUUGUUUGAGGAUUCAGCCAUCCUACAAGAGAUUUCCAAGAUGUUUAUGCUUAGCUGCAUCUAUAACCAGGUUGCAGACAAGUCCCGAAUUCGAGCUCAAACUGGUGUGAUUUCCUUCACUGAAACAGAUGAUGGCAUUGAGGUAGUUACGGAUAAAGGUGAAACCAUCAAAGGAGACAUCCUUCUGGGUGCCGAUGGCAUCCACAGCACAAUACGAAACCUGAUGGCUGAUAAGAUUGCUUCUACUGAUCCCAUUGCAUCAAAAGAAAUGCAAAGUGGCUUCACAAGCAACUAUCAUUGUAUCUUUGCAACCUCCAGAAACGCCAAAGAGUCAGCUGGUGGCAAACCAUUCUUGCCAGAUGGGGCCGUGCACAACGUUUACUAUUCGGGCUUCUCUGGCGUCAUUGCUGCCGGCGUCCCUGGCCUUGUCUUCUGGUUUCUUUUUGUGAAGAGUGACCGUGCAACUCAGACCCCCAAUACACCGCGCUUCACGGAAGAGGAGACUGAGGCCACAAUCGCCAAAUACGGAGACUAUGCUGUUGGCCCAGGCUACACGUUCAAAGACUUGUGGGAGAGCAGAGUCAGAGCGAACAUGCUACCCCUUGAAGAGGGAGUUUUGAAGCCAAAGUGGAAUUCCGGUGGUAGAGUUGCACUUAUGGGUGACGCGGUUCACAAAGCGACCAUCAAUCCUGGGCUUGGAGGCAACUUGGCCGUUGAGGGUGUUGUUCACCUAAUGAACGAAUUGGUACCCUUGGUGCGACGAUGUGAAGCAGAUGGUGGAAGAAAUCCAACCAAGAGCGAGAUCACUGCUGCUUUGGAUGCUUAUGAGGCGAAGCAGCGACCCCAUGCUAACACCAUCGUCACCAUGUCCGGGUAUGUCACACGAUAUGAAGCAAUGGAGACAUGGUGGUUGAGGCUAUUGCGCCGUAUGUCUCCCUGGGUCAGUGACAAGACCAAGGCCGGUGGAUUCGUUGGAUAUAUAAAUGAAGGACCAUGGCUGAACUUUUUACCCAACCCGGAUGAGGAACAGAAGUUGGCUGAGAAGCAGUAG